AGCCAUCGUUGCGUGAAUAAUUCCGAAGUUGGACUGUCGGAAGAGGGAAAUGGGCAUGGAAGUUCAAGUGGCCAUGGCCGUGAGAAGCACAGCUAUGCAUCCUUAUACUUCCUCUUCGAAGAAAUCAUCAUCAUCACCGAGAGCUCGUAAGGCGUUCAACUUCUACACAAAUUCGGCGGCGUGUAGAAUUCCUGUUAUAAAAGCCAUUCAAAGCCCACAAGCACAAGCCCAGGGUUCCACUUUUUCGCCUAGACAGAGACGGCCUCAGAAUGUAGACGGAGAGUUCUUCGUUGACCACACCUGCAUAGACUGUGAUACUUGUCGAUGGAUGGCUCCGCAAGUCUUCACUCGAGUUGAUGAACUCUCUGCAGUUUUCAAACAGCCAACUUGUGAGGAGGAACGGCUAAAAGCUCUACAGGCCUUGCUUUCAUGUCCAACAAGCUCAAUUCAUACAGAGAAACCUGCUUCUGAUAUUCGACAAGUGCAGAAGACAUUCCCACUUCCAAUAGAUGAGCAAAGAAUUCCAGGUGUUUAUCACUGUGGUUAUCAUUCUGAGAAAUCUUACGGGGCAACUUCUUAUUUGAUUGUUCAUCCUGAAGGAAAUAUACUUGUAGACAGCCCGAGAUUCACAGAGAGACUUGCACAUAAUAUUGAGAUGCUGGGUGGGGCACGUUACAUGUUUCUAACCCACAAGGAUGACAUAGCAGAUCAUGAGAGGUGGUCGAAGCGGCUCAGUUGUGAUAGAGUUCUGCACUCACUAGAUGUUGAAGGUUCUACUGCAAACGUAGAGAUAAAGCUAGAGGGGAGUGGUCCCUGGAGCCUUGGCCAGGAUAUCCAACUUAUAUACACUCCAGGCCACACAGAAGGAUCGGUCUGCUUAUUUUAUAAGUCACUCAAGAUUUUGUUCACGGGGGACCAUCUGGCCACGACAGAAUCUGGGCUGAGCAUUUUUGAGAAGUACAAUCAAUGUUCAGUUUCCCUGCAACUGAACAGCAUUCUCGAUCUGUUAGACUUGGACUUCAAGUGGGUACUACCCGGUCAUGGAAGGAGAGUUGAAUUUAAAGAUCACCAGGAGAAAAAUUCAACUCUGGAGGCCUUUGUGCAGAACAAGUCCACUCAAUUACCAUAAACAGAAUACUUUUAUACCAGUACGUACAAUGUAUAUACGAGUACGCAAAACGGACUAAAAGUUCCCAACCCUGUGGGGUUGUGUUUAUUGUAAAAUUAUUGUGUAACAAGAAGAAAAAACCCCACAAAUCUAUUGGCUCAAAACAA